AUGUAUCUGCCACCUUGCCAAUGCCGCACGGCCUCUGGCUUUGAAAUUACUCGCUUUGCUGUGCGAGACUUGGCGGAAGCCCUGAUGGUAGCUCUUUACCGAGCGGAGGACAGGGACCUGGUACGACGCUUGCUACCGCCCAAUGACCAGGAAGCUCAACGCCAGCCGCUCUACAGACGUCUCUUUGCAAAAUUCGAUCGCCUCGAUGGAUACCAACCGUCUGCGGCCGCAAAACCAGCAACUACAGCGGCUAAUCAGAAACCGGAUAUAGACGUGGACACCGCAGCUCGUGCAGCUGUAAUCGCGUUGCGCAUGCUGGCCCAUGCACGAAGGGAGAUGCCGUGA